UGUUAGCUAACUUGUUAACAUUAGCAGUCUGAGCUCGACGCUGGGAAACAGUGGGACGGCUUCGGUUCGGUUCGGUUCUGUUUGCUUGGUAGUUGUCAGUGUAGGUCUUGAACGGAUUGGAUUCAACAGAGAUGUGGUCCCAGCUUGUCAAACGACGUUCGGAUUCAGUAGCGGAGCAGAGACACGAAAGUCUGUAUCCGUCUUUCGAACCUCGGCUGCACCGAUCGGGAACUCAGGUUGGUACAAAAUAUCUGUUGCUGUCAGGAAAAACUGAUGAGAGAGACUGCAGCCUCUGGAACAUCAUUGAGGUUCCUGCAGAUGUUCAACAGAGAAUUCUAAGUAAAAAAGAAGCUCCAGAAGAAAAUAAUGUCGCUGUUACCCACCAGUCUGCCCUCGUCAAGGAAGAACUGGAAGAACUUGGGAUUGGUCUGGAGGAAGAACAGCUCAAAGGGAAGGACAAAAUCACUGCAUUUCUCAUUAAGAGUGAAGAUGAAGAGAAGACUCCUCUUCAAAAUCAACAAUUUUUGGACAGAGACGUUCCAAGCAGCAGCACAGCUGAAACUGAUGAAGGUUUCCAUGGAGAAGCAGAGUUCUGCAGGACCCUGAAGGGAAACAUUUCUGUAGAGACUUUCUCCUCUUCAGAGACUGAAGUCAGUAAUGAGGAUGAAGAGGAUGACUCGAACCGUGUGCAGAAACCAUUUUUUUGUGAUUUUUGUGCAAAACAAUUUAAACUAAGGACAGAUUUAAACAGACAUAUAAGAGUUCACACAGGAGAGAAACCUUUUUGCUGUGAUGUUUGUGGACAAAACUUUCGGUUAAAAAUACAUCUUGACACACACAUGACUAUUCACACAGGGGAGAAGCCAUUUGGCUGUGAUAUCUGUGGUCAAGUAUUUAGUCGGAAGUCGCAUGUAAGCACGCACAUGAGAAUCCACACUGGUGAGAAACCAUUUGGAUGUGACGUCUGUGGACAGACCUUUAGCCACAAGACAAACCUAAACACACACAUGAAAACUCACACAGGAGACAAACCGUUCAGGUGUCAUGUUUGUGCUCAAAGAUUUAGUCAAAAAAUCAAUUUGAACACACACAUGAGAAUCCACGCAGGUGAGAAACCUUUUGGUUGUGACGUUUGUGGACAAAGGUUCAGCCGAAAGGCACAUUUAAAUACACACCAGAGAACACAUACAGGAGACAAACCAUUCGGAUGUGAUGUUUGUGGACAAACAUUUAGCCAUAAGACCAAUCUAAACACACAUCGCCGAAUCCAUACAGGAGAGAGACCAUUUGGGUGCGAUGUCUGUGGACAGAGAUUCAGCCAAAAGAUCAAUUUAAAUACACACAUGAGAAUCCACACAGGAGAGAAACCGUUUGGCUGCAAUGUCUGUGGACAGACAUUUAACCAUAAAACAACUUUAAACACACACAUGAGAGUCCACACUGGUGAAAAACCAUAUGAGUGUGAUACCUGUGCACAAACAUUUAGCCAUAAGAGCAGUUUAAAAACACACCAGAGAGUCCACACAGUGGACAACCAAUGUCAGACUUAACAAAAAGACACACUUAAAUAGCCACACUAAGACCACUGUACAAGAAACAUCUCAGUUUGCCAAUUAAAUUCAAAAUAUAAUCAGUUUUUGACAUUUUUUUAUGUGCUGUUAACUUUUGUUUUUAUAUUAAACAGUUUUGGUUUAAAAGUUCACAUAAAAUCAAGAACAGAUCAGUUUAAGCACUUUUUCAAUGUUUUUCACCCAUCAAUGUCUUUCUGGUACAUUAAAUGUAGAGUGGACCAAAGUGCUUUCCAAAUUCACCAAUAAUAAAAUUAGACUCUAAAUUCUUGACCUUCAACGUUUGUGCUGCUCCUCAACCCCUGCUCAAAACAGUUUGGAGGCAAACGAAGCAGAAGUAUCGUUAUGCAACGUUUUGAUCGCCGUGCCAACAGGCCAAAAAUCAAGUGACCGCUCCUAAACGAAGCUUCGUUCUUUUUGGUCUCAAGCUGCUUGUGACGCGCAGCUCGUCAUGCACUAAUUCGCAGGAAUCUCCUGUGGGUGGCUCUUGUAGUUCUUCUGAAGGCCUUCAAAUGAGACUGAAUAUCCACCCAAGCUGUAGGUUUUUGGAAAGGUGGUUGUGCUUUUGCAUAAGUUAGACACAGUGAGAUAUAGUUACAGAGAGUCUGAAGUUGAUUUCCUUUGUGUUUGGAUUCAAGUUCAAGAGAUUCUGAGUUUAGACAGUUUGGCUGAGUGAUUGUGUUUUUAAAGUUUGUGUGAGUCUGAGUUUCAUCUGUGCCAUGUGAGCAGGUCUGCUCUAAAGCUGGAGGUAGUGAGCCAGAGGAGUAGACUGAAGUCACUAAUAGUGGAAAUGAUUCUUCUUUUUUAAAUAAAAAAUCUUUGAAUGUU